AUGGCUGCGGUAGCGGAUCUGCUGCACGGACGUCCUCUUCUACCGAUGUUCAUUCACGCAACGGAAUCACGACGGAAGUCGAUGAGAAGAGUUCCGUCCCGUUAUGACAUCACUCUCAGGGAUUUGGACGAUGAUGAAAAGCCUCAUGUCCAUUAUAGCUGGACAAUUUUGGAUGCGGUCUUCCAUCUUUCUCGACCAUUACUACCAACCGACCUCAGAUUUCCACGAGCAACGACUACCGAGAAACUUAAGGAAGCACCGUGUUUAACAGAGGGCCUGUACAUCUGGGAGAUGGACUGGCCAUCUGAGACUCGCGGCAGCCAUGCUGUGGUGGGAGUUGCCACAAAAGGUGGCUUAAUGUAUCCCGUAAAACGAAAGGCAGACAGUGAAGAACCUGCCCAUCGAUCCUGGGGAUGGGAUCUGGUCACCACCAAACUCAUGGUGGAUGGUUUCGUCCACGAUGGCAGUGAUAAUAAAUGCUACCCUCUCCAACAAGGUAGCAGUUUAUAUGUCGUCCCGGAUAAGUUCCAUGUUGUGCUGGAUAUGUCAAACGGCACUUUGUCGUUUAUUGUGGACGGAAAGUGGUUGGGGACAGCGCUCAGCGGGAUCUCCGGGCACUGCCUGUACCCUAUCGUUACAUCUAGACAAGUUGUGCUGGACAUGAUGGACGGCACUUUGUCGUUCAUUGUGAAUGGGAAGUGGCUGGGGACCGCUCAGCGGAAUUGCCGGGCACUGCCAGUACCCGAUUGUCAGCUCCAGACAGGGUAA